GCGGCGAGUGGCUUUGAGUCACCCAGCGGCGGCAGCGGUAGCAGCAGCAGCAGGAGGAGCCCUCGGCUGAACGGGACGAGCCGGGAGAGAGUGAGAGGAGGGAGGAGGAGGAGGCAGGGCCCGGCCCCGGGGCUCGCGGAGAUGGAGGCGAGCGACGCGCUGUACAUCACGGAGGGCGGCGAGAUGCCCGCCGAUAUUGUGGAGCUGCACGAGAUCGAGGUGGAGACGAUCGCCGUGGAAGCCUUGGGCUCGGCGCUCAUGGAGGUGGACGGCCACUCGCCGGGCAUGAUCGCCCUGCAGCCCAUAGAGCAGCACGAGCACCACCUGCACCUGCAGCAGCAGGAGGUGAUUCUGGUGCAGACGCGGGAGGAGCUCGUGGGCGACGACGAUGACGGCGGCGGCCUCACCGUGUCGGCCUACGAGGACCACCACCAACAGCACCACAUCCUCAUCCCCGUGCCCGUGGACGAAGAGGAGGAGGAAGAUGAGGACGACGAGGAGGAGGAGGAAGAGGACGACGAGGAGGAGGACGACGAAGAUGACGAUGACGAUCUUAUCGAGAGGUCUCUGGCCGCAAUGCAGCCCAACACAACCAUCACCACCAUCACCACCUCGUCCGUCCCGUCCACUGCGCUGGCGGCGGCCAGGGCGAGACCGUCGAAGAAGGGAGGUGGGAAGAAGGGGGGAGGAGGAGGUGGCUCGGUCAGGCGGGGUUACCAGCUGGAGGCCGGCGAGGUGCUGCCCGAAAGGCCGCCGCGCCGCUGGGAGCAGAAGAAAGUUCAGAUCAAGACCCUGGAAGGGGAAUUCUCGGUCACGAUGUGGGCCUCAG